GGCGCGGGCCGGAGGAGGGGCGGGCCCGCCCGCGCGGAGCGGAGCAGAGCCAAGCGGCCGGGACUGGGCGCGACCCGGGCCAGCGUAGGCGCAGGAGCGGGCGGAGCCGAUCGCGGGCUAUGCUGAGGCUGACGGCAAUCGGGGCCCGAGCCAUCGUGGACAUGUCGUACGCCCGUCACUUCCUGGACUUCCAGGGCUCCGCCAUCCCCCGAGCCAUGCAGAAGCUGGUGGUGACCCGGCUGAGCCCUAACUUCCGCGAGGCCGUCACCCUGCGCCGGGACUGCCCAGUGCCGCUCCCCGGAGACGGAGACCUCCUCGUCCGGAACCGCCGUCCCUCCUCCCCCUCCCGCUCCCUAAAUAAAAACGACGGGACCCAGAAAGGGAGGCUCCCCACCCGGCCCACCCGCGCGCACCCACGGUUCCUGCGUGCCAUAAUUUUUAGUGGAGCAGCAGCAGCCUGGACACACACUGCGACGUUUAGAUUCGUUGGUAUUAACGCAUCCGACAUCAACUAUUCUGCUGGCCGCUAUGACCCUUCCGUGAAGCCCCCCUUUGACAUAGGUUUUGAAGGGAUUGGUGAGGUGGUAGCCUUAGGCCUCUCUGCUAGUGCUAAGUACUCAGUGGGCCAGGCUGUGGCUUAUAUGGCUCCUGGUUCUUUUGCUGAGUAUACAGUGGUACCAGCCAGCAUUGCCACUCCGGUGCCUUCAGUGAAACCCGAGUAUCUCACUCUGCUGGUUAGUGGCACCACUGCAUACAUUAGCCUGAAAGAACUUGGAGAGCUGUCAGAAGGGAAGAAGGUUUUGGUUACAGCCGCCGCCGGGGGGACAGGCCAGUUUGCUGUACAACUUUCAAAGAUAGCCAAGUGCCAUGUCAUUGGAACCUGCUCCUCAGAGGAAAAGUUAGCUUUUCUGAAAUCCAUUGGGUGUGAUCGCCCCAUCAACUACAAAGCAGAGCCGGUGGCGACAGUCCUGAAGCGGGAGUACCCCGAAGGUGUCGAUGUCGUCUACGAGUCUGUUGGGGGAACCAUGUUUGACCUGGCUGUGGAUGCCUUAGCCAUCAAAGGGCGUUUGAUGGUGAUUGGGUUUAUCUCUGGCUACCAAAGCCCUACGGGGCUUUCACCAGUAAAAACAGGAGCUCUACCUGUGAAGCUCCUGAGGAAGUCUGCCAGACUCCAGGGCUUCUUUCUGAACCACUAUUUAUCCAAGUACCAGGCCGCCAUGGAACACUUGCUGGAGCUGCACAGUCGUGGGGAACUGGUCUGUGAGGUGGACAUGGGGCACCUAGCUCCAGAGGGAAGGUUCAUCGGCCUGGACUCCAUAUUCCGGGCUGUUGACUAUAUGUACACGGGGGAAAAUGUUGGAAAACUUGUGGUUGAAUUACCUCACGGUGUCAGCAGUAAACUAUGACAACAGAACAAUGACGGAAACCAAAGGAGAAAGAAAAAGAGUUCUCCAUGCCUUAGAAUGAACACAAUAGCUCCUAAAACAAAAAUGUAGUGUUAAUGAAUUCAACUCCCCCCCCUUUCCUUGGGGGUAAAAAUAAUACGCUUCAAUAAAAGUUCUCUAACGUUUACAUUCGAUUCUUUAGUCGUGGACGGUCUCAGUCCAGGUUUUAUUGUUCCAGGGAAGUAAAUUAAUUCCUGAUGCGAGACCUGAUCAAGUCAGUAUGUCCCCAGCUUGAUGAGAUUUUUAAGUCGGUCUUCAAACCGCUCACCAGGUCUCCUUUGCUGGAAGAGGCUGCUCUUGUGUUAAUAAGUACUUCCCAGGUGACCAGGUAGUGCUGGGGUCAGGUAUGCUCACAGUCCAUAUGCUUAGCAAGGAGCCCCAAAGAUCUCAGUAGACAUUUGGGGGAGAACUGUCCACAUUUGAUCCUGUUUAGUUAUUGGGAGGAGAGUGAUGGAUCGUUCAUUGGUGGCUUGAAUUCACAGCCUUUUAAGAUUGUGAGGAAAAUGUUCCUGUUCCAGAAAGAAAUACUGUUAGAAACAGAGUGGGUUUGGGAAAGCAAGCUAUGGUUUAGGGGACUUCGGGAGAACUAGUGUGUGCAAAGGAAGGAGAAGAUUCUAUGCCACCUCCCCAGGAAAUGUAAUAGCAGGGAUCACAGAAGGGGGCUCACUCUAGCAUGUUCAAGGUUAAAAACAGCUUACUUCCUGUCCCCAAAGAGCAAAUGUCACCUCGUUCCAAACAUGGGAGACUAAUUCCAAAAUCAAAACCGUUUGCUUCCCCUCAAAGGCGUGGUGUGGAAGGCUUGAUGUCAGGUGGUGGAAGCAGAAUGACAGGUGUCCUGUGUUCCAACUUUGCUUCUCGGCAUUAGAGAGAAAGGAGCCACCUGCUCUAGGGUUGUGUCCUGGUGCAGUCCUGUCUGUCAGCCUGCGAGCAGCUUCUCUUCAAACUGCACCAGAGCUGGUCUCAUGCCCUUCACCUUCUGUGUCCAAAGGCUGCCUGCCACUUUUGUCGUGGGAUCAAAACCCCACAGUGCCUUACCGUUUGAAGGUGAAGCCUGUUGGAUGAUUUUAAGUCCUGGGUUUCAGUACAUCAAACGGGCUUAAUAAACGGGUCUGCAAUUAAGAGAGCUCUGUGAAUGUUGUAGACAAGAUUGAAUCCUUUGCUGGCAUCUGAGGAGCAAAGAGAUCCUGUUUCUGAGUAGCUGUUAGUAUCUAUUUUACAAGAUUUACUCAUUUCCAGGUACCUAAUGUAGCUGCUAGCAUGCAUGCACAACAAUACAAUUUAUAUGGUAAAUGGAACCAAAUAAUGGCUUCACUGAAUGUUAUGGCCGCACUGAAGGGAAAUGUCACGGUAAAUAGCUGCCAAAUUAUGGAUCAUGCCGCAGUGUCACAACUGCUCUGAAGACGAAUAGCACCAGAGGCUAUUGCCACUGUGACGCCUUUGAGUUAUGAAGAGGGGUAGCAGCCUGACGCGAGGCUCUUUGUGUCCUCGUCAUCACAGAAGGCUGCCGGUGCAAGGGACAUGAGAGGCAGGCGCGUCCAAUGUGGUGCGCAGUUAUUAAUCUGUCCCUUUCAGACCCGGCCACUGUAGCAGGGGAGACUCUGCUAGAUCUCCCGGACACAAACAGACAGGGAGGGAGGGCAGGCUCUGUGAAUGUUAGUGUGCUCAGGAAAUGACUGGUAAUGGAAAAACGUCGUAAUAAAAUAAUCUAAUCAAAGACUAUUAUUAAAUUUAACCUAGUAUAUGUCUGAAAGGCCCAGUUGCUUCCUAUGCAGAUAGAUGUGUGAAAUCUCGGUGAUAAUGCACUCUCCCUCUGAAAAGGCUUAAGGACUGAGGACAUUACCAACUAAAUUGCCUCUUCUAAACUGAAGUGAGUCCCGGUUUUCUUCAUUUUAAUGGGAGGGUAAUAAAGAUGAAAGACCAACAUUUUAUCUGAUGGAUCCCGUAAGCUAUAGAAUAAAAAUGUAUUAUGUUUUGAGGGAAUAUACUAAAUUCAGCGAUGUAAAAGUAAAAUUCAAACACCCAGGUUUAAAAUAAGACAACAUUAAAAAAAAAAAAAACAAAAAAAAAACAGAAGAAACCUCAUGUCUUUCUGUCCCCAGAGAAACUAUGAUGCAUUCUGUUUUCAUUUAUGCUUAGAAAACAAGCACCAAUGAUUCUGCCUGUUCCAAUAAUUCCUAAAAUAUGUUUUAAAGUUUUUUAAAAUUCGCUUGAAAAAUUAUUUUUAAAUCUGUGGUUAUACUUGAAUAUCAGUUUGGUCCCCUUGGGUUGUUGUUGGGGUCCAGUCACUAACAGGAGGGGAGAUAGCGUAAGGGUCCACACUCUACCGUGUUCAGAUCACAAAAAGUGCAUUCAUAAUUCAGGGCCAUUGUCAGCUGUGCUCUAGGGAAGGGACAAGGGCAGAGCAGAGAUGUGGGAUAAAUGAAUUCUCAGUUCUUGGUGUAAGGUUGUUGGCCCAGUGAGGGAGAAGGCAUUACCUCCUGAGAAAGACAUCUGUAGGGCGCCUUCUGGAAAGUCAACUUCUAUCCCUUCAAACCUGUUUCGAGUGCACAAAAGCACAACAGACAAUAUAAUUUCUAGUUCUUUUCACAAUAACUGCAGAUGCUGAUUAAUUUUAGUGUGUGUGUGUGCGCACGCGCGCACACACACACACACACACACAAAAAAAAAUCUAGGAACUGGUUUGCAAAGAAAGAUGGGUUCUAUGUGUUGUUACUGUCUGACCGCACCAGAAUGGAGUUUCUUAGGAAAGGAAUAGAGCCUCUUGCCCAUGGCCGUUCGUGUUUCCUGCAGUACUCAUCUAACGCAAGUGUGUGAGCAGUAGCCGCAGCCUAUGAAAGUGGAAACCCUGAGCUGUGUGUGGAGGGAUGCCAUGGCUGAUGACGCUAUAAUGUCCCAGUACCACAAAACCCUUUUUGUGCCCCCACCACAAGAUGCUGUAAACUUGACAGAUGAUAUCAUUUAAGACACUGCCUGCCUUGGGGACCUGUUUCUUGGCUUCCUGUUUUGGGCUUUUAUUUGGGUAACAUUUAUAAUAGCCACCUGACUUGUACCUGUAAUGUCUUAACCCCUUGUGGAACUCACAGGCUGUAUAAAUUUACAGUCAAGGUUCCCUUGAAAAUGGAGCUUUCUUCAAGGCCCAGAAUACUUUCCAUGAUGACUUUGCCACAUGCUCGCAUGGGGUAAAUACCAUA